UGUCUCUUCCCUUUCCGCCGGAACAGAAAUGAUCCGUUUCCUCCUUCUGUUCAGUCGCCAAGGGAAGCUACGUCUACAGAAAUGGUAUGUGACGCUCCAGGAAAAGGAGAAACAAAAGAUAACACAGGAAUUGAUUCACACUAUCCUUACUCGAACACCUAAAAUGAGCAGCUUUGUUGACUGGAAGGAUCUAAAACUUGUGUACAAAAGGUAUGCCAGCCUGUACUUCUGCUUUGCAAUAGAAGAUCAGGAUAAUGAGCUGCUGACAUUGGAGAUUGCCUAUCGAUUUGUGGAGCUAUUAGACAAGUACUUUGGGAAUGUCUGUGAGCUGGACAUUAUUUUUAACUUUGAAAAAGCAUACUUUAUCUUAGAUGAGUUCCUGCUGGGUGGAGAAAUACAAGAGACCUCCAAAGACUCUGUAGUGAGAGCCAUCGAGAAUUCUGAUAUGUUACAAGAGACAAUGGAAGAAUAUAUGAGCAAGCCAACUUUCUAGGAGAGAUCAGGCUAUAACAGCAACAGAGUCUGCAUUGUGAGUUUCCUUUGGUUACAGAGAAUCCACCAGCAUCAAAGAACUCUAUUUUAUGGCACUGCUGGGCGGGCCUUCACUAUGCUAGUUACCAGACCGGAAAUGCACAAAUCAAUAGAACAUUAUUGUACUAUAGUGUUCAAUCUUUAGACGCCUUAUGGACCAUAUAUUUGAAUAUGCAACAGGAAUAAACCUAUGCAAAG